GAUGCAAGCAAGCUACAUCCUCUCGCAGGUCUCAACGACACACUCGAGUAUCUGACGCUCGAAGAUGAAGCACUCAACACAUUGCCCGGCUCGGAGACUGCAUUGCCGUCGCGCGGUUGGUCAGACGAUCUUUCAUACGGUACAGGCACCACCUAUCUCACAUGCCUGGGACUCGGAGGCGCCUAUGGCAUUAUCGAGGGUCUGAGAAACUCAAAACCAAGCGACUCCUUCCGUCUCAGACUCAAUACAGUCCUCAAUAGUGUCACAAGGCGCGGGCCUUUCCUUGGCAAUUCUGGCGGCGUAGUAGCCAUCCUCUACAACCUCAUCAAUUCUGGUAUCGGUGCCGUGCGAGGUCGGCAUGAUACGAUGAAUGCGGUUGCGAGUGGCUUCGUGGCAGGUGUUCUAUUCAAGUCAACUCGAGGUCUACGGCCGGCCUUGAACGCUGGCGGCUUGGCCGGUGCUGCGGCCCUGAUUUGGAGUCUUGGCAAGACGCAGAUU